AAAAACUCGCCGACGUUGCCCUGCGCGGAGCCGAGACGAGCAGGUAGUUUUGUCGGAAGAGGAGAGUCGCGUCGGGUUCAGUGGGCAAACUUUUCUGCUAUUGUUGGCCCUCGAGAGCGCCAUCGGAGACCGAGUAUCAAGGGAAAUGGUGGUGAUAUCAGCGACAGCGAGCGGUGGCGCCCACAAACUGAUUUUGAUCGCUGGGAAGCAGAGCAACGAAGGCGGCUGCUGCUUCGGCCGCCCCGUCUCGGACACCGAGUCGAGCGGCUCCUCGGCGGGGCCGACCGUGCGUAAAAGGCAGCGGCUCACGCACUUGAGCCCCGAGGAGAAAGCGUUAAGAAGGAAACUCAAGAACAGAGUUGCGGCCCAAACUGCCAGGGACAGGAAAAAAGCCAAAAUGGGUGAACUAGAACAGCAGGUCCUAGAGUUGGAAUUGGAGAACCAAAAACUUCAUAUUGAGAAUAGACUUCUUCGGGAAAAAAAUGGCGGCCUGCUUACUGAAAAUGACGAACUGAAGCACAGACUCGGAUUGUGCGCCCUGGACACCGAGGAGAAGGUACGCAGGUUUGGGAAUCGGGUCUUCUGAGUCCGCAGCACUCAGGCUACGUGUGCCUCUGCAGCAGGUACAGACCCAGCAGUUCCGAAACCUGAAGACUUCUCAAUGGAUUCGGAUUAUCCUGACGCUGCAGACAAUGAGUCUGAUCUACUCCUGGGUAUGCUGGACAUCCUGGACCCAGAGCUUUUAUUCACAUCCUGUGAGCAGCUCCAGGUGGACCCGGUACCUGCCGCCGCACCUGCGUCUAUGGGGGCGCCAUCAAUCAAGCUGGAGGCCCUUAAUGGACUGAUCCAGUUGGAUCACGUUUACACCAAACCGGCAGAGGAUAACUGCCAAGAAAAUGAUCACGAAGACGACGAUGACGACGACGACGGCACGACCGCUUCCUACCCGGUCGCCGACGACUCGGCGGAGGAUGACGCCUCCGUCAAAGACGAGCCGGAGGAAUUGGUCAUCUCCGGACAGAUGGAUGAAUUCCUUUGCGCGGCUGCCGUGGCCAUCUCCGCCGCCGCCUCCUCGCGGCGGGAGGCCUGCCCGGCGGACACCUACAGCGACUCCGGAUACGAGGGCUCCCCGUCCCCCUUCAGCGACGUACCCUCCCCGCUGUGCUCGGCGAGCCCGUGGGACAACAUGACCAGUGAACUCUUCCCCCAGCUAAUUAGCUUCUAGCGCUUAUAGUUGCCAAGAAAUUGUUACACCAGAAUUGGCAUUGAAAUGAAGAUCUGUUUUUUUUUUCCAUGACCAACUGCAAGGGACUGUAUUGAUUGGGCUGAAGAAAAGACUUUUCUUUACAAGGCUGACAAAUUGAAAUGGCUUCAUAAUGGAAGAUCAGGCUGUCUUAUAAGGUUAAGGUCAAUGGUUCUUUUCGGUCAAGUCGCAUGCUUUUAGCUGUAAUUGAAAUUGACCAAAACAAGGUGACGGAUGACUUAUUUCCCAUGACUAAAUAUCAUACACGCUACGGUGUCAUUUUAUGCGCCGGCGUUUCUGACCGAGCGCACGUUCCCAUUUUACAGCAGGUCUGUGCCGCGACGGCUGUCGGGAGUCGGCGUAGACUGCUAUCCAGUAUUGUUAAUAUGAAAUAUUUAUUUGUGUAUCCCGGGUUGCUGUAUGUCCGCAUGAGCUCAAGCUUUUAAAUGUUGGCCGCCGUCCUCGUCGUCUUCAUGAGCGCAUUAAUAAAAAUGUUGCAUCGCA